AUGCUGUUCCUCAUAUGGUCGAGGCGCAAGCAGGCGAAGCCCCAGCACAUCCACCCGGAGGAGGACCACGGCGCACAGCCGCCGCCCCAGCCGGCCCCGGGGUUCGUGGCCGCAGCGGCGCCGGUGGUGGGGGAGCCGGGUGCUUCAGUGAACUACCCGGGGACUGGUGAUGACAUGAAUGGGGACCUAGCGGCACUACAGCAGAUCCAACUCACCGAGCAGAUCCGAGUCCAGGUGAACAUGUGGACCGCCCAUGCCCUCCACUCCGGUGCAGCGGGAGCGGACACCCUGAAGACUUUAGGCAGCCACGUGUCCCAGCAGGUCUCUGCAGCCGUGGCUUUGCUCAGCCAGAAAGCUGAAAGCCAAGGUCUGUCCCUGGACACCUUGAAACAAGCCAAGCUACCUCACACAAGCAUCCCUUCCACCACCAGCUCGGUGUCCCCGGGGCUGCUGUCCUUCGCCCUGUGGCCGGAUGGGACAAGGGUGCUCCCAAACCGCAUCCCCGGUGCUUUGCUACCCCCGACCCCAAGCUCUGUGCUCUUCCAGAGCCCUUUCUCCACGGUGGCGUUAGACCCGUCUAAGAAAGGGGAAGGGAAGCCACCCAACGUGUCCCCGGUGGAUGUCAAACCCAAAGACGAGGCCACCCUCUACAGGCACAAGUGUCGGAGCAGAUUUGUCCGAGCCCAGCCAACCUAUGUCAAAGUGGAAGUUCCUGGUGCAUUUGGACGCGAGACCAUGUCCCCAGGCAUGGCACCUUUGCUGGCGGCCCAGCCAGGCCGCCAGGACAAGCCGCACGCCUGCACGCGGUGCGGGAAGAACUUCUCGUCAGCCAGUGCCCUCCAGAUUCAUGAGCGGACUCACACUGGGGAGAGGCCUUUCGUGUGUAACAUAUGUGGGCAAGCUUUCACCACCAAAGGCAACUUGAAGGUUCACUAUAUGACGCAUGGUGCCAAUAACAGCUCCGCGCGCCGCGGGAGGAAGCUGGCCAUGGAGAACACCAUGGCUCUUCUAGGAACAGACACAAAGAGGGUCCCAGAGGUGUUUCCCAAGGAAAUCAUGGCCCCUUCAGUGAACAUGGACCCUGUUGUGUGGAACCAGUACACCACCAUGCUCAACGGUGGUCUGGCCAUGAAGACCAACGAGAUCUCGGUGAUCCAGAGCGGAGGCACCCCAACUCUCCCGGUGUCCUUGGGUGCCAGCUCCGUUGUCAGCAAUACCAUCGUCUCCAAGAUCGAUGGCUCCCAGUCGGUUAGCAGCGACGUGGAAAAGCCGGGUGCUGCUGACAGUGUUCCCAAACACCAGUUCCCUCACUUCCUGGAGGAAAACAAGAUUGCGGUCAGCUAA